AUGUACAGUGGAAGUAAAGGCGGCCCCUCCAGAACCCUGUCCACCAUGUCACUCUCUGUGCGUCCAGUCAGGGCCCUCAAGUCCAUCUCUAGGAGCCACAGCUUCACUGGAGUCAACACUCAUGACAAAUCCAGGCCCUUGUCGGUGUACUCUACUCCAGGUCUGAGGAGAAAGCCCAGCAGGGCUAGUAGACUGUUUACUAUGUCGUCCAACCCCCCGCCCAGAACCCCUCAGCCGGAACGGACAGACGAGGUCUAUGAGGCGCUCAAAACAGGAAUACACUCCUAUCUCCAGGUCCAUCAGAUGGACAUGGACAGCCUCAGCAGAGAAAUGAGGACAUCCAAAAGGAAUUCCCGACUGGGCUUUCUCUAUGAACUAGACAAGCAAGUAAAAGUCACGGAGAGAUUGAUUCGGCGCUUGGAGUUUCACCUUAGUAAAGUCGAAGAGUUGUAUGAGGCCUACUGCUUACAACGGAGACUGCGGGAUGGUGCCAAUAAAAUGACGAAGGCGUUUAUGGUGUCGCCGAGCAGUAAGGAAGCGCGGGAGAGUCUAGCGGAGGCCAAUAAAAGCUACAAGGAAUGCACAGAGAACAUGUGCGUGCUGGAGAGUGACUUAGAAAACCACCUGGGAGAAUUUCACAUAAAGAUGAAAGGGCUGGCCGGGUUCGCAAGACUAUGUGCCGGCGACCAAUACGAGAUUUUCAUGAGAUAUGGCCGACAAAGAUGGAAGCUACGAGGCAAAAUUGAAGCGAACUCUGGGCAGGUGUGGGACAGUGAUGAAAUGGUGUUUCAGCCACUCAUCAAUGAAUUUCUCUCUGUCAAGGUGACCGAGCUGAAGGGUUUGACCAAUCAUGUAGUCGUGGGCAGUAUCUCCUGUGAAACCAAAGACCUUUUUGCUGCUUUACCUCAAACUGUAGCUGUGGAUAUUAACGACCUUGGGACUAUUAAGUUAAACCUAGAAGUUACCUGGAACCCGUUCGAUAAAGACGAGCAGGUGUCAUUGUCGACCAGCGUAAACAAAGCUCCAUCCGUCACAAAGAGGUUCUCCACCAUUUUCAACCAGAGCCCUCCUGAUACUCCAUCUCUGCGGGAGCAAGCUUUUUAUUCUCUGCCUCGGAGUCUGACCAGUCGACAGCACUGGCCACUGCUGGACAUUUUCAGAGACACACUUACUCACAGCUGCUCCUGUAGUGAGAGCUCGCCAACAAGACAGCCUCUGGUCAAUAUGCUGCGUCGUCACGAAGAGAUGGACAAUGGAAGAGCGUGGUCGAAUUCCUCUGAGUCGUCUGACGAUUCAUCCAGCCCACAGCUUCCAGCCUGCUUAAAACUCUCUGAACACAAGGCGCAGCAUGAAGACACGACUCCAAAAGUUUCGAGAACGCCAGAGCUCCAGUCAGUCAGGAAACGUAAAUCUUCGCUCCAGUCAAACUUGUCUCUGUGCACCGAGGACCCAGCGCCUACGACCUACAGCUCCUUACACAACAUCAGCAGCAUCAGUGAGGACCCAGACUCAGUGCCACCAGCAGAGGGCAGCAGGGCAAAGGAUAACGGGGAGCUCUCAGUGACAACAACAUUAGAAAGAGAAGAUGAUCUGGUGCCUAUAACUGUUCUGGACGGGUCACUGACCAAUCGAAACUUCUCCAGAUGUCUGAGCCAAAUCAGUGAAGGCAGCGCUGACGGCGUGCUGCUGCCGGACAAGCCCUUCUGUGAACUCAUCGACGAAUCAUCUAUAACAAGUGGGAUUUCUGUUACUGACGUCCAAGUGGAAAUGUCCAACACUCCUCCUGAACUUUCUCAAAGCAAACCAAACACUGAAACGUCACAAGAGUCUAGUGAAUGUUCUCUUCCUUUUGCCUCCACCAUUUCAAUUGAGUCAACAGAACAGCCCAGUGAGAGGGGCCCUCAGGGGACAGAUGUCACCUACAGGGCACACUGGGCGUCAGUGGAGGAGGACACAGCGGAGACAGCGGAGGCAGUGGAGGCAGUGGAUGCAGAUGUUUUGUCGCAUGAUGAAGAGGAGGCAGUGGACGGUGAACUGGCUCAGGCUUUAGGAGAUUCUCUUGGAGCCGUUGUGUCGUCUAUCGAUGACUACAGAGGGCAGUUCCCUGAGUUACAGCUGCUGGAACAAGAGCUCAAGUUACUACAGACUUCCCUGGAGGGCGGUAGGCACAGCCGCUCCAACAGUCUGGUCAGCCUCAGUGUGGAAACAGCUUUGGGCAGCUUUGAUUUCCUGAACAUGUCUGACUGUGAAGAAGAGGAGGGGGAGAGGAGGAGUAAAAAUGACAGGUAUUUGCAGAGGAAAGGUUGGGACAGCCCCUCCACACUCUCGGCUCCACUGACCACAGGCUGCAACAGUCUGGACCAAUGUCUGGAGGCUCAUCUCAAGUAUUGUUCUGCACAGCUGCUGUGUCUUGGUAUAUUUGGUCCUCUCCGCUGCCGGGAGAUGUAUGCCUUAGAUCGGCUCCUUCGUGAAGCUCAGAUCUUCAAAAUGAUCAGACGGGUGGUCAAAAAGAAUCCAAAGUGCUUCAAACAGCCAAAUGAGGUGAUCCCUCAGCUGGGGCCCAUUCAGGGAGCAGUGUCAGUGUGGCAGCAGUGUGUCCAGCAGGGCUCUGUGUUCAGGGUCUCUGUGGAGGAUUUUCUCAGCACAUUAUCAGCUCUGUACUCCUGUGUCCUUCCAGAGAGGAUGUCCACCGUGGCCGACAUGGUGUUUCAGUCCUUGGCUGAGCAGGUUCUGGAUCAGAAACUUCCACAACGAGAUCUUAAUAAAGAGGCAGCAAUUGUGACGUUGUUUCAGUGGUGGAACCAUCUGGAGUCUAAUGGAGUGACUGAUGUGGAGACCUAUAUUUCUGAGCUGGCUGAGGAAGUGUUUCUCGUGCAGAGCUUAGCAUCGCUGAAUCAAGAUGUGAUUGUGAAAGUGCUGAGGAAUCCGGUCAAAUCCAGUCUGAAGAAACAGGGCAUUCAUGCUGUGGCCAAGCUGCUGAAAGACCCACGGGGAAAAGUAUCCGCUUCUGCCAGCUCAAUUCUCAGGGGCCUGGCCAAUCAACCCAAACUCCGGGAACAGGUCUUGGUCAAUUGUCUGGAGCUGCUGGAAGAUGAGAAUGUCGCAACAAGAAUCUGUGGAUGCAAAGCUCUGGCCUGUUUAAAGGCCAAGGAAAGUAUUGAGCAGUUGGUAUAUCUUUGUCAGACAGAUAAGAAUGAUGUCACAGAAGCUGCCAAACAGUGUUUACUUGUAUUAGGUGAAGAAGGGAAGAUGGCCAUCAGACACAUUGAGACGUCACAGGACAACAUACCACGGCUGUUUGCACCUGGAAGCAUGACGAGCACUGCCUUUUAA